CAAAGCCGAAAGUGUGGGGACUUGUCGCCGUGGGAAAUACUUGCAAGUGGACGCAACGCUGAAGGAAUCAAUCGAGACAUUUUAAAAUAUCUAAUAUGAGGUCUACUUUAACGCAGAACAUGUUUUUGUCUUACGACAGCAGGCUGUGAAUAAGUUACGAGCAAUAUUAACAUUUACAUAAUCGUACUCAUUUAGCCUAAAACACGUCGGACUCUGUAUCGACUAACGUUACAGGUGAAGAGCGCGCGCAUUGUUAUUUUCCAUAAUUCACGGCUCCGCUCGAUUUGCUUUAAACACAAGUGGCGAAAUAUAAAGAAUGUACAGCAUUGUUGCUUAUUUUGGAUAAUUUAGAAAAACAAGUUAUACAAUAGGGAACUGUACUUUGCGUUGCCGUCCGGGUCCUAAAGCCGGUCGCUUAUUCACCCUUUUGGCGGGUCACCCAGCGCGUGCCCAAAUGAUUCCACUGUGGCUGUGUUCAAAAUCAUUAAAUGCGAUGAUGGAAAGUGUCUUGUUGGAGCAAGGAUAAUUUUUUCGUCCCGAACGAGCCAGUGAGAUUUAUGCACGUAUAGAGUGAAUUUAUUGCAUUAUCAGAAUACAUUUUUCGCCUUUUAAGGCAAAUUUGGAGUGUGCAGAAGAGCAACGCAAAGGUCGAUAUCCAAGCAUCCCCAGUGUACUUAAAAGUAUAAAGGACUUGAGUGGAGUAAUGGUGGUGAAUACGGUCCACUGGUUCAGGAAGGGCUUGCGGCUCCACGACAAUCCUUCACUCAGAGACUCUAUAGAGGGAGGGCACACUGUCCGAUGUGUGUACAUCCUUGACCCCUGGUUCGCAGGGUCUUCUAACGUUGGGAUCAGCAGGUGGAGGUUUUUACUGCAGUGUUUGGAAGACUUGGAUGCCAGCCUCCGCAAACUUAAUUCUCGCCUCUUUGUUAUCCGCGGCCAACCCACUGAUGUCUUCCCAAGGCUGUUCAAGGAGUGGAACAUUACUCGCCUGUCCUACGAGUAUGACUCUGAGCCGUUUGGGAAGGAACGAGACGCAGCCAUUAGGAAGCUGGCCAAUGAGGCGGGUGUGGAGGUGAUAGUACGCAUCUCCCACACUCUCUAUGAUCUGGACAAGAUCAUAGAGCUGAAUGGAGGUCAGUCUCCUCUCACAUACAAGCGCUUCCAGACACUCAUCAGCAGAAUGGAAGCCGUGGAGACACCGGCAGAAACCAUCACAGCAGAGGUCAUGGGGUCGUGCACCACACCGAUCUCUGAUGACCAUGAUGAGAAGUUUGGGGUUCCUUCUCUGGAAGAGCUUGGAUUUGACACAGAGGGUCUGUCCUCAGCCGUGUGGCCGGGUGGAGAAACAGAGGCCCUCACUCGCCUAGAAAGACACCUGGAGAGGAAGGCUUGGGUGGCCAACUUUGAGCGUCCAAGAAUGAAUGCCAAUUCCUUGCUGGCCAGCCCAACUGGCCUCAGCCCAUAUUUAAGAUUCGGCUGCCUCUCCUGUCGUCUCUUCUAUUUCAAACUCACAGACCUUUACAGGAAGGUCAAAAAGAACAGCUCACCUCCUCUGUCCCUUUACGGCCAGCUACUUUGGCGUGAAUUUUUUUACACGGCCGCCACAAACAACCCGCGCUUUGACAAGAUGGAGGGCAACCCUAUUUGCGUGCAGAUCCCGUGGGACAAGAACCCAGAAGCUUUGGCCAAGUGGGCCGAGGGCAGGACUGGUUUUCCCUGGAUUGAUGCCAUCAUGACCCAACUGAGGCAGGAAGGCUGGAUCCACCACCUGGCCCGGCAUGCGGUUGCUUGUUUCCUCACCAGAGGAGACCUGUGGAUCAGCUGGGAGGAAGGCAUGAAGGUCUUUGAGGAACUGUUGCUGGAUGCUGACUGGAGCGUGAACGCUGGAAGCUGGAUGUGGCUCUCCUGCAGCUCCUUCUUCCAGCAGUUCUUCCACUGCUACUGUCCCAUGGGCUUUGGGCGCCGCACUGACCCCAAUGGAGACUACAUACGGCGGUAUUUACCUGUCUUAAGGGGAUUCCCUGCCAAGUAUAUCUACGACCCAUGGAAUGCCCCCGAAAGUGUCCAGAAAGCAUCUAAAUGCAUCAUUGGUGUACACUACCCAAAGCCUAUGGUGCAACAUGCCGAGGCGAGCCGUCUCAACAUAGAGCGCAUGAAACAGAUCUACCAGCAACUUUCCUGCUAUCGGGGCCUGGGUCUGCUGGCAACUGUGCCAUCCAACCCUAAUGGAAAUGGAGAGAACUCAACCAACUUAAUGGGAUUCCAAACAGGAGAUAUGAGCAAGGAAGUCACAGCAUCUUCAGGCUAUCAGAUGCUUCCCACGUCUCAAGGAGAAUGGCAGGGGAGGACUAUGGUUUAUUCGCAAGGAGACAAUCAACUGCGCAGCAGCACACAAUUUCAAGGAUUUGCCGGCAACAGUAAUGGCAUGAUGUGCUACAGGCAAGAAACGCAGCAAACACACGGUCCUGCUAUACAGCAAGGUCAAAGGCUGCACAGCAGUACCCUCCAGACGUCUGGAAAACGACACAGUGAUGAGUCUGGUCCUGCUUCAGGAUCCAAACUUCAGAGACCGUGCUCUUAAAUAACAGAAACGUCAGAGGUCCACGCUGAAUUAUCGAGUUGUUACGUUUUGCGAUUUUCCAGAAGAAAUUCUGGGACAGCAAGGGACAGCAUGAUUCAACACAUAGCACAGACUGCACAUUAAUACAGGGACUUCACCCAAGCGGUCACCAACAUCCUGACAACUUUGGAAUUACGUUGCGGCUCUGUGGUGUACACUGCUGCAAUGUUUUGUCAACGUUGAGAUCAUGUUCGGACUGUUUGGGACUAAAUUUUUUGUGUAUAUAAAGGAUCGGACGAAUACUCGCAUACAAAAUGUACAUAUUUAAUAUUGUAUGUGCUUUCUCUAUUUCAUGUAGCCAUAGACCCAUUGAUAUAUUUUUGAUAUAAAGAAUUGUUGUGGAUCAAUUUUACUCUUUAUGAAAAACAAAAAAAACAAAGCAUCUGUAGACUGUCCAUGCAGUACACUGCUAAGGCUCUCAUUGGACUGCUUGUUUGCACACGUUUUUUUUAAUGUCUACUUUGCUCUCUGCCACAGGUGAGUGUGAUGUCUGUCUUAAUUUACUCUUUACAGACUAGCAUCUGUAUUAUACACAUUCUGUGUUAUUUCUAAGUGGGCUUCUCACAAACCCCAUUUUUCUGUAAUGCAUUUGGAUGUCCUGUUAGCAGAUCAUUAUUGUAUACUAUUGUAUAUAAAAUUCACCACGUUUCUCAUCCUCAACUUGUGCUUGUUUAAUAAAGUGUAAAUGUACA